AUGGUUGCCGGCAGCCAAGCACAGAAGGUCUUGGUUUCUCUCGGCAUCUCCUCUUUAGGCUUGAUCGCUGCCCUUGUGGUGGUGUGGAGUUCAACCACCACGAGGGGGGCCCUAGAGGCGACAUCAGAAACCGUGACAGCAACCCCACCAGUCAAUCUGCCUGAUGCACAGGCAUCGCUCAAGAAUAUGCAGAAUGAUGCGGAUAAAGCAGAGAGCAUGCAGAUGAAGAUAAACCAUUUGUGGAAGCAGGUUGUAGCAGAUGCUCGCCAGGGCUUCUACAAGUACGAGAAGGGGAACCCGUACUGGGACGAUUCUGUGACCUUCACCUUGGAAAAAGAGGAUAACGAGGACGAGGGCGCGGAUGGUGAUCAGCCGGCAGCGAAAUUGACCAGCAAAGAGGCUGAACCUGAUGUCGUUGUGAAGUGGGAGAAAGAGCUUGCUGAAAGCAAGCAGCUUUGA